GAACACAACGAAGAAGAAAGCUAAUGUGUGCGUCUUCUUAACGCUCCAAGGUUGAAGGUCAUUUAACUUGGUGGGACCAUUUCCUAACAUCAGUUUAGCUAGCUGUUUGCAGUUAACGUUAGCAACACCUAUCUGGACGGAAAGCGGGCUAAAGGUGGUUGUCAUUUGCCCGAUCCGUUCUGGCAACCGGGUUUGUUGCGGGCGGAGAAGACCCUUUUCCAACAACGCUGUUGUCAAACGAUAGCGGCGACAGAAAGUUGACGCCUUUUAUUUUCGCGAAUGCUUGAAACAUGCGUUGAACAACGCCUCCAGGGACGGAUCGGGCAGUGGCAGGUAGCUCGUAUUUCAUAAUCAAAGCGCUGGACUUGUUGAACUUUUUCGCAUAGACCAUUGACCGGUUUGUUGUUAUUACCGCACUGUUUGCUAGCUGUAGUUAGCUUGGAAAACGGCCUCUCAUUCUUGUCAGGAUGCUCCUCAUUGUCCUGGUGUGCAGCUUGUCCCUCUCUGUAACAGGACAGGCGGAAGACGACUGGAUCGACCCUUAUGAUAUGCUCAACUAUGAUGCCAGCGCCAAAACCAUGAAGAAACCUGUGGAGACGGUGAACUAUCCCAGCGUGCCAACGAAAAGAAGAGAACAUAAUCAAGGCCCUGAUCAAGCAGACCUAUUAGUGUGUAACAAAAAUGUGGCAAAAUUACAAAGUGAGAAUGAAGAGCAGAGGAAGCAGAUUUCAUUAAGUUUACAGCAGUCUGCAUGUGUUCCAGUCUUCAAGCGAUUCUUCACCAGGCUGCUGAAGGACAUAGAAAAAGUUGGUCUGCCCAGUGAUGUUAAUGAAAUCGUGUGUGAUGCUAAAGUGAGCCUGUCUAAACAAGCAGCCGUGGAAAUCAAGAAGCUUCUGUCCGGCGAGCAGAGCUGCAGCAACGGGGCAUUGGAUGAUGCUGUCAGCCAGGUUCUGGUGGACCUCAGACCACACAACUAUGAGGCCUGGAGGUGGCGUUUUGAGGAUAACUUCGGUGUGGACUUAGACACGGUGUUGAAGGUGUGCUUAUGUGUUAUGAUUAUCGUGACCAUCAUCUGUACUCAGCUGUGGUCGGUGGUUUCCUGGUUCAUCCAGUUCAAGAGACUGUUCGCUAUCUGCUUCUUCAUGAGCAUCAUCUGGAACUGGUUCUACCUGUACAAGAUUGCCUUUGCUGAGCACCAAAACAACCUGGUGAAGAUGGACAGUGUCAACGCCAAAUGCACUGGAGUAAAGAAAAUUGACUGGAGCGAUAGCUUGAAGGAGUGGUUCAGGAGUACACUAACUCUUCAGGAUGACCCCUGUAAGCGGUACUACGAAGUCCUGAUGGUCAACCCUAUCCUGCUGGUACCUCCAACCAAGGCUAUAUCAGUCACUAUCACAACCUUCAUCACGGAACCGCUGAAACAUGUCGGGCAGGGGAUCAGUGAGUUCAUCAGAGCCCUCCUCAAGGAUCUACCAGUCACCCUGCAGAUCCCCGUUUUUAUCACCAUCAUCCUUGCCGUACUGAUCUUCAUGUAUGGAAGCGUCCAUGCAGCUUUCCAGUAUGGUAUCACUGCGCCCUUCCGUGGUCACAGGCGCCAGCCUCCGCCUGCACUGGACCAGCCUCAGCCUCGCCCUCUCCGGCAGAGGGAUGCAGGUCGCAACCGCUUAGCUGGAGGGGACACGCUUCAACCUGUCACAAGACCCAGGGCCAUCCACGGCAGAUCAGACCACAAGGUUCACCAGCAGAAGCCUGACAGAAAAAGUGAGAAGUCGUGUGUGUUUGUUGAGACUCUGCGGAGUGCCAACCAGCUAUCCAGUGAGGACGAGCCAGAUGUAGUGCUUAGAGAGGAAGAUGCUGAUGAAGAGCAGCAGGAGAGGCUCUCCAACAGCGACUCUGAAGCUGAAGGAGGAGAUUCAGAUGAUCAGGAGGAGGUGCUGGAGGAGCUAAAAAGUGCUAGCUCCUGCAGUGUAGCUGAGGCCAAAGCCAAGGCUCCCGUUGCCAAAGCUAAACCCACAGCAGUGGAUCAGAGCUCCAGAAAUGCAAACCCUACUCAAGCUAACCAAAGCAAAGACAGUGAGACACCCAAAUCUCUGCUAGCUAAUAGACAGGCUGAGAGACCAGCAGGGGGACAGCCCCCACAAACUACAACAGCAAAAGGCAGUCAGGUUCUUGAAAGGCCCGAUAAAGAGAGCACACAUCGCCAGUCAAUGGAUCAUAUUGAAACUAUAGGAGUUCCAGUUCAAGAGACGGCACCACAAUAAAACUGUCUUCCUGUGCCUCAACAGAGCAGGAAGUGCUUGACUUUGAGGACAUGCCUUACUUUAUCAUGGCAAGUAAAAAUCAUAAUGUUGGAAUUUUUUUUUUUUUUUUUUUUUUGAUUUUUCUCCUUUUUCUCUCCAAUUGUACCCGGCCAAUUGCCCCACUCUUCUGAGCUGUCUCAGUCUCUGCUGCACCCUCUCUGCCGAUCUGGGGAGGGCUGCAGACUACCACAUGCCUCCUCCGAUACAUGUGGAGUCGCCAGCCGCUUCUUUUCACCUGACAAUGAGGAGUUUCACCAGGGGGGAUGUAGCGUGUGGGAGGAUCACACUAUUCCCCCUCGAACAGGCGCCCCGACCGACCAGAGGAGGCAGUAGUGCAGCGACCAGGACAGAUACCUACAUCUGGCUUCCCACCCAAAGACAUAGCCAAUUAUGUCUGUAGGGACCCCCGAUCAAGCCGGAGGUAACACGGGGAUUCGAACCAGCGAUCUCCAUGUUGGUAGGCAACGGAAUAGACCGCUAUGCUACCCGGACGCCCGUUGGACUCUUUUUAAUGUAAAUGUAAAAAUAAGUAACAUUUUAUGUUUCCCUUUCUGUAUAUUGUAAGAAGGCAUUUAAUACUGUGAAAUAAUUAUUUUCGUAUGUCAGGUUGAAUCAUGGUAGUGGAUUUGUUCAGAUACUGCCUGCUUCAUCAGCUCUAGAAAAUUAUGAAUUGGUGAUAAAUGCUUGGUUUUAAUUUCUGUUACACUAUUGUUAACCAUACUAAUUGUAAAUAUAGUCCAAUAAAAUUUUGAAUUUUUCAUAAAUUUUUAAUGGGGCUCUGAAUGUUGAU